AUGCCGUCCUCAUCUUCAUCCCCAUUGGUGACUUGGCCGUCGGCACCGCUGACCAAUUCCCUCGUUCAAAAGUCCCUUUCGUCACUCAAUCCCCAGCCAAACAUCAUCACUGCCCUCACAGAAGACUUGACCGCUUCUCCCGGGAACCUGCUACAGUGGUCGACGUAUGACGCUAUUGAACAUGAUCUAACUCACAUGGUACCCUCUGGGUCGAAGGUCCUGUCCUCGUCGUAUGUCAUUCGGAAAGCUCUCAUCCGCAAACACUACCUCUCCCGAUGCAUACACAACUACCUCGUCAAGCAUUCCGAAUCGGUCCUUCGUAUCGCUGUGCCAAAGACAUGGGACAUAGAACUCAGUUUUUCUGACGAGCUCGACGAGAUGUGGAGCGACGAUCUCUUCGACCUCGGUACAGAACUGGACAAGGAUGAUCCAUCGAAAUGGUGGAUCCUGAAACCCGGCAUGGCUGACAGAGGGAUGGGCAUAAGGCUUUUCCAUUCAAAAGAUGACCUUGCGGAGAUCUUCAAGUCCUUUGAACAAGACGACUCGGAUGAGGAGGACAAGCCUGAGGACGGUCGUGGUCCAGACACAGCGGUGGCGACCUCUCAACUUCGGCAUUUUGUAAUCCAGGAAUAUCUCUCUAAGCCCGUGCUUAUGGAUCCUAUGGAAGUGCCUCUGGACAAAAAGCCGCUGCCACAGUUGGACGACAUGCGCGGUCACAAAUUUCACCUUCGUGUCUACUGUGUUGCUUCUGGAGCCCUAACGGUCUACAUGUACAACCAUAUCCUAUCGCUAUUCUCGGCAGUUCCAUACUCUGCGCCGACUGUCUCCGCUGACAAGUCGACGAGCACGUACAUCAACGAAGGCUUGGCUGCGCAUCUCACCAAUACCUCUCUGCAGACGCAGCGCGGUGAGGCUGGAGUCAGAUUGCUCGACGAGCUCAUCGGCUGCCAUAUCGUGUCCUCAACGCCUGUGGUUCCAACUGUGCAACAGGAGCGCCGGUCACGUCAGCCAAGGCCUCCGCGUGCGAUGGGAGAAGUUAUGGAUGUUGAACAGCUACGUUCCGCGAGGCCCCGCCACUCAGAGCAAGCAUCCCCAACAGCUGAGCCGAAUCGUUUCACACCGGAGGACGUCGAGGACAUCAAGUCACAAGUCGCUGAUGUCCUUGCUGAGACGUUCAAAGCGGCGCUAGACAUGAGCGUGCAUUUCCAGCCACUUCCCAAUGCGUUUGAACUCUUUGGUGUCGACUUUCUCGUCACUCACCACACGUCUCCGACUGCGUCCCGCAAAUACCAGGUUCAUCUCCUUGAGGUCAACUCAGAACCCGCCAUUGAGCUCACCGGGCCGCGAUUGACAUGGAUCCUCGAGGACCUCUUCCGUUCCAUAGGCAAAGUUUGUGUCGCGCCUUUCUUCGGAUCCGCGAAGGAGCAGCCCUGGGAAGUCGGGCAUACGAAGGAGGCGUUAACGAAGUGUUUGGAAGUAGAAGUUCGGGGCGCGCAAGGCUGGUAGUCGACCCAGUUGGAAGCAGAAGAAGUACUGUAACAUCUGUUAGUAUAUACAUAAAUCGUGAGAACUAUGAGCUUU